GUCACUGUGACACAGCACUGGCUACACCUACAUCAGAUGAUAACUUAACUAUAUAUUGGAUACAUUGUAUCGUUUUAAAAUACUUCCUUGUGCACUUGGAUAAAUAGAUAGAUUAGAGUCGUAUUGAGGUUAUUACGUCUCUAUUGUCUUAUUUUCUUAAACCCAAUUGUAUCACACGUACACAUGUUUGUAAGCUUCUACGUUAGGUAGCAAAAGUUAAUUGUAUUGCUACUGCUGCUACGUUAGCUAGUAAGCAAGCAAGCUAGUUAGGUCUCUAGUUUCCCUCUCCAUUGGUAUCGUUGGACAACGUUUGUAAGUUGACAUACAGUAAGAUGGACCAGGAAAACACAAAUUUCAGUGUUAAACUGCACAUCUAUGACCUGUCUAAAGGCAUGGCUCGUCAACUCAGUCCAGCGAUGUUGGGAAAACAACUGGACGGAAUAUGGCACACAGCAAUUGUGAUCCAUGGAGAGGAGUUUUUCUAUGGGGGACAAGGCAUCGCCAGUUGUCCACCAGGUGGUACAUUUCUGGGUCAGCCUGAUUCUAUUGUGGAUUUAGGAGAGACAGAGGUGACUGAGGAUAUCUUAAUGAACUACCUUACAAGUCUAGGGGAGUCUACUUAUAGCGCAGAGAAUUACAAACUGUUUGAGCACAACUGCAACACCUUCAGUAAUGAAGUGGCCCAGUUUCUUACCGGCCGCAAGAUCCCGUCCUACAUCACGGACCUGCCGUCUGAGGUUCUCUCCACGCCCUUUGGUCAAGCACUGCGCCCCUUCCUGGACUCAGUAGCCAUCGCUCCACCUGGGAGCAACCCCAUCAACGGGCAUUACGGACAGAGAUAGAGGACAGGUACGCAGGGUACAAGGAGAGUGUCCACAGCUCUGAUCCAUCAACAGUGUCCACUCUAGUGAUGUCGCUCUAGCCACCAGCAGCCUGACCAAAUCCUGUCCUACACCCUGGAGUCUUUUCUUUUUUUACUUUACCACUGUUUUAAAAUAAAUUAAACUGAUUGUAUUAACUUAGUGGGUAGAGUAGAAGUCAUAUUUGCUACUAUUGGACUAGCAGGCUUAAGCCAAACAGUACUGUAACCAUACUGUAUAGUGCUAUCCUGUUAUUGUAACUUUAUUCACAUUCACAUAAGGAGAUACUGAAGCUGACCUGUAGGCACUGCUUCAGGAUGGGGCCAAAGUGCAACUUUCUGUCUCCACUCACAACUCUCAUUGUUUGUUUAGAUUAAAAAACGUCAAUCGUGCAGACCACAUUACUGUGAAAAAGCAGGGGAAAUUUCCCAAAUCCUCAAAAAUGCUUUUGAGAGAUUUUAGUUGUAUCAUCUAAAAGUACUGCCAGAUUAGUUAAACUAAACCGUUUUUUACUAAAUUGUGCUUGACAUUGACAAGCAGCAUCCCUCACCCUUGCGUUUCCUGUCCAGUGGAGACAUAGCCAAGACCAUGGACCAAGCUAUCCAUUGUUUGUGUAUAUCCAUGUUUGUGUGUGGCUAUUUCUUUAAAAUCUAUGACCUUCCUUGUCAAAAAAGAAAGGCAUUAUUUAAGAUAGGCACACACACAACCCCCCCCCAAAUUUCCUCCUGUUCAUCACGCCCCACCUGUCAUGGCUCUAUUUCCCACUAGCGUGGCCGCCCCACACUUUGAGAACCACUGAUUUAAAGUGUCAUAGACAUGCAGGACCAGCCCUCCUCUAUACCUCAGUCUGAGUGCGUCUGCUGCGGCCGCUCCUUGUUGCAUCAGAGCGGCUCAGAGAAAGAUCAACGUAUUUUUGGAAAAGAACCAUCAGGUCUGAAGGGUCAAAGCUGUAUAGUCUUCCUCUCCUCUCCGCAGCUACGGCCAGCCAUAUCCGUUUAAUUUCUCAUCUCGUUCUCAUGUACCUUACUAUUUAUAAUAAUAAUCGUUAUGUGUAUUCUGUGUUCUCUUGUCACCAAUAUCCCAUGUCCCACUAUGAAAGACGGAAAAGAUAGCUGGAAGUUGAAAGUUAAAGUAUCAAGAGGAAAGUGUCAGGGCGUGAGUUUUGAGGAUUUUAGGAGAUAUGUUUUAACAUACAUUUAAUGCCAAGGAAUAUCAGGAAUUUGGUGGUUUCUGUGACAAAGCCAUGCUCUGAGCAAACACUGAGGACCACAAAACAGGGAUACCAGAAUGGCAGAGUAGUGUUUCUGAACCAGCUAUGUGAACAAUGUGGUCUCAUCAGCCUAUGAGCCAUACAAAAUGAAUCGCCUGUAAUGUCACUGAAAGGGUUGUCAUGCAAUGUAUUUGUUGUAAGAGACUAUAUUAUUAUAUACGCUCAAUAUAUAUUAAACUAGUCUCCUUUGCAUGGCCAUACCAAUGACUGUCCAUAUUCAGUCAUUGGGCCAUAUUGACCAAGUCCACUCACUUACCAAUGUUUUCCAAUAUUAUCAUGAUUUGUUGUUGUGGGUUAUUUCCUGGAUUUCGUGUGUUCCUACAUUUGAGUUAUCUAUAGAUAAUAUGGAGAAGCACUCUACAGGGUCUUUCUAUUUGGGAAUUUUAACGGAUGUGGUUAUUGACCAUUAGUUUUAUAGAGUGGCUGGAAAGUUAGAAAAGAGAAAUUGUUUGGAGACUCUUUAUGGUGGACAAGAGCUAUGCAGUCUGACUCCAAUUUCUUAAAAUUGGAUCAUGGUCGGCAACAUUAUUGCUUUAUGUAAGCGCAACUUACAAACUUUGCAUGUACAAAUGAGAUGAAUUACUUUUAAAUUCAAAAUGACAAUUUAAUAUAUUUACAUUUAUUUUUAAGGAUUUGAUCUGUUCAUCCUGUGUCACAUUGAGUGCACCAAUAUAACAUGCCAUAAUAUGCUGCAUACAGCGGUUUAAUUUUCAGACCGUGUUUAUAGUCAAAAUUUAUUGUAAUUUAUUUAAGGAAGGAUUAAUGUUUUUCUCCCUGACUUUACUUAAACUUGACUUUCUGAAUGUUUAAACUUUGUAAUACAAAAGUGUAUUAUUAUUAUGAAAUUCUAUUAUCAGUAUCUAUAUUAUAUUUGACUACAUUUCUAUCUCAGACAGUGAUAACCUUGAUACCUUACCUCUUCCUUUGAUGUUGCAGUGAAGAGUGCCUCUGUUUUCAUUUUUAAACAAACCGUUUUACUAUUGUUGGGUUAUGUCUUUAUCCCUCCACUACUGAUACUGAAAAUAAAUACUCCAAGCCAAAGUA